AUGACCCUGCUGGCUGUUGCUGACAUUGCUGCAGGAGGGGGGCCCCCAGAGGAAGCUUUGGCAGCCGAAGGGGCCCCCCGGUCUCUUCCUUUGCAGCUUUCUGGCGGGUGCAGGCAGCAGCUAAAGACAGACACUCAGGCCAAACUCAAGCACAGCCAGCGGCACCCCCCCCGCCACCGUCAGCAGCAAGAGCACAGAAAGCAGCAGCAGCAGCAGCAGCAGCAGCCGCAGCAGCAAAAACAGCAAGUGCAGGCUCGUUCUAGGCAGCCAAGCCAGCAAAGGCAGCAGUCGCAACACCAACCGCUGCAGCAGCAGCAGCUUCAGCAGCAGCAGCCGCAGCAGCAGCUGCAGAAGCAACCGCAGCAGCAGCACAAGCAGCAGCAGCCGCAGCUGCAGCCGCAGCAGCAGCAGCAGCAGCAGAAACCACAGCAGCGCCUGAAGCAGCAGCAUCAGGUGCUUCCACACCAACGUAGUCCGCCUCAUCAGCAGCAGCAGGGUCCAGAUCAGCAGGAACAGCAGGACCCGCAGCAGCAGCAGCAGCAGCAGCAGCAGCAGCAGCAGCAGCUGCUGCUGCAGCAGCCGCAGAUGGGAGCGGCCCCCAGCUCUUCGGCUGCCCCCCUGGAGCUGUCAUGUUUGCCUGAAGACUUUCUUGAGGGCCUUCGGGCAAUUGACGAAGUCAAGAAGCACCGAGAGGCUGGCAGGCAAGUGCAUGCAUUUGCAGCCCCCUGCAGCAGCAGCAGCAGCAGCAGCAGCAGCAGCAGCUGCUGCUGCUGCUGCUGCUGUGGCAUGAGCAGGUACGAGCCGGGGGAGCCGCUUUGUUUGCCGUUUAGCCCAGCAGCAAAACUGACAGUCUUUGUAGACAUUGAUGAAACAAUUGUAUUUGUUACUCCUGUGCUGCUGCCGGGGCUGCAGCCAGACAGGACUUUUACUUUUGUAGAUCAGUUCGGCCUCAGCAGCAGCAGCAGCAGCAGCGGCAGCAGCGGCAGCAGCAGCAGCAAGGGGAACGAAGACGGCAGCAGCUGCUGCGGCGGCGAGGCGGGCCUCGGGGGCGCCGCGAGGCUGGCAGCAAACACAGCAGCAGCAGCAGCAGCAGCAGCAGCAGCAGCAGCAGCGCCCGCAGCAGCAGCGGACCCCACGUCGGCGGCGGCCCGCGAGCCCGCUGCUGCUGCAAGCGGCACGGCGACGACGUCGACGAGGAGCUCCUGCAGCAGCAGCACGGACAGCAGCAGCAGCAGCAGCAGCAGCAGCAGCAGCAGCAGCAGCAGCAGCAGCUGCACCGUGUUGUACGUGUACUUCCGCCCCUUCGUCCACCGCAUGCUGCUGGAGCUGCGCCGCAGCGGCAACUUCGAACUUAUUGCUUUUACAGCAGCACUUCGAGAAUAUGCAGAUCCAAUUUUGGAUUGUUUGGAAGAAGAGCAGCAGCUUUUCGACCACAGGCUUUACCGGCAGCACUGCGCGCGGGCUCCCAGGAGCAAGGGCGCAGCAGCAGCAGCAGCAGCAGCAGCAGCAGCAGCAGCGGCGGCCGUAGCCGCGGGGGGCCUCCCGGGGCUUGACAGCGGGCCUGGCGGGGCCAGCGCUGACGGGGGGGAAGCAGCCGCAGCAGCAGCAGCAGCAGCAGCAGCAGCAGCAGCAGCAGCAGCAGCCGGAGCCGCAGGCCCCGGCGCGCCUGCCCCCCCCGCAGCAGCAGCAGCAGCAGCAGCAGCAGCAGCAGCAGGGGGGGAGGCGCUGGGGGACUGGCUGUGGGGGGAGAAUUUUUACUACGUGAAGGACCUGGCGGGCGCUGCUGCUGCGGGGCGGCAGCUGAGCCGCUGCGUGCUGCUGGACAACAGCCCCGUGUCUUUUGCUGCGCAAGUUGAAAACGGACUUUACUUGCGGCCUUUUUGCGGAGACCCCGGAGAUGAUGAACUCCAUUUGCUGCCAAACAUGCUGCAGCAGCUCAGCAGCUUGCCGGACGUGCGCGCGGGGCUGCGGGGUUCGCUCAUCAGCGCAGCCUGGGAGGCUUUCCAGCAGCAGCAGCAGCAGCAGCAGCAGCAGCAGCAGCAGCAGCAGCAGCGGGCGCGCGGGGAGGCGGAGGGGGGGGCAACGCCGCAGGCGGCGCUCAAGACGGGCGAGGGGGGCGACGGGGAGGUGCAGGCUGCAGCAGCAGCAGAGGCUGCAGCAGCAGCAGCAGCAGCAGCAGCAGCAGCAGCGCCGGCACGGGCAGAGCAGCGGACGCGUCGCCAGAUGGUCAGCAGCAGCAGCGGCAAAGAUACGGGGCUCGAAAGAGCAGCAGCAGCUGCAGCAGCAGAAGCAGCAGCAGCAGCAGCACCAACAGCCCCAGCGCCCGGAACCGCAAGCCGCUCUUCUGUCUCGAGACACCCUUUGAUGACUCCUGCUGCUGCUGCUGCACCCGCUGCUGCUGCUGCACCCGCUGCUGCUGCUGCACCUGCUGCUGCUGCUGCACCUGCUGCUGCUGCUGGCAAGCCAGAACAGCAAAGGGGCGGCAGACGCAGCGCUUCUGUUGCUGUUAUUUCUUUGUCCAAAACUAGGGGAGGUGCAGCGGGAGCAGAUUUCAACUUGGCUGUCCCAGCAGCAGCAGCAGCAGCAGCCCCAGCAGCAGCAGCAGCUCCAGCAGCAGCAGCAGCAGGCCCAGCAGCAGCAGCAGCAGCAGCCGCGCGAAGAAAAGCAGCAGCAGCGAAAGAAAGAGAAAGCGUGCAGAGUGCAGCCGCGAGAGCUGCUGCUGCUGCUGCUGCUGCACAUGCAGCAGCAGCACAGAGAGCGCAGCAGCAGAAACAGAAGGACAGCAAGCAGCAAGACACGAGGAGCAGCAGCAGAAGCAGAGGCCGCGACGGAGAAGCAGAAGAGCAGAGAGGGAGAAAUUUGCAAGAAAGAAAAGAAAAAGAAAAAGAAAAAGAAAAAGAAAAAGAAAUGAUAAUUCAUGUUGGCUCUUGUUUGAAGAGACAAGAAAGAGAAGGCAGCGCCUGGUGUACGUGCAGCAGCGCAGCAAAGGCGCUGCAGGCAGCAGCAAGAACUGCUGCUGCUGCUGCUCAGCAGGGCCGCAGCAGCAGCUCCUGGCAGCUCGCCUCGGACCGCAGCAGCAGCAGCAGCAGCAGCAGCAGCGGCAGCAGCAGGAGCCCCAGCAACAGCAGGGAAUACAGGACCACCUUUGAGUACAGGGAAAAGAGGACCGGCAGCAGCAGCAGCAGCAGCAGCAGCGGCCAGCCCAACACUAAUAUAAAUACAAUUAACAACAAUAUAAAUGUCAGCAGCAGCAGGACCCGCAGCAGAGAUAAAGAAAGAGACAAACAAAGAGACAAACAAAGAGACAAACAAAGAGACAAACAAAGAGACAAGACCCACGAGAAAAGCCUGCUGCUGCUAAGCCCCGCGGCAGCAGCAGCUGCUGCAGCGCCGGCAGCAGCAGCAGCAGCACCGCAAGCACUAGCCUCAGCAGCAGCAGCAGCAGCAGCAGCGAAGGGCUUUCAAGGCCCUUGGAGCCAGCCGUGUGAUGCAGCAGAGAAAGACGACGUUUCAAAGACGCUGGGGGCCCCGCACGCCCAGCAGCAGCAGCAGCAGCAGCAGCAGCAGCAGCAGCGGCAGCAGCAGCAGCAGCAGCAGCAGCACUUAGGGGGCGACUGCGCAGAGCCAGUGCGGCAAAAGAGAGGGGGCUGGAAGCAGCCAGCGAGUCUCAGGGGCUGCCCAAGUGUACAUCCACCUGAGUUGACUGUGGGGCGGCCUUGUGCUGCUGCUGCUGCUGUUGCUGCUGCUGCUGCAGCAGGAAGGAAUAACGCACACGCGAGGCCUUUGCUGCACCUCCAAAGACAGUCUUUGCCUCCACUUCCACUAACACUUUCAGAUAUUAGCUGCAGCAGCCAUCAAGACCUGCAGGCUCACCCGGGGCCGCAGCAGCAGCAGCAGCAGCAGGCGCUGCUGCAGCAGCAGCUGCAACAACACCUGAUGAUGCAGCAACAGCUGCAGCAACAGCUGCAGCAACAGCUGCAGCAACAGCUGCAGCAGCAGAUGCUCCAGCCAGCGAGCCACAAACCGCAGACCUUGCCGCUCUCGCCACGGCAGCAGCUGAUGGACUGUUUAUCUGCUUCCCAGCAGCAGCUACUCUACGACCCCCACUUCAGGCAGCUUCCAUACAAGCACCCGCAGCAGCAGCAGCAGCAGCAGCAGCAGCAGCAGCAGCAGCAGCAGCAGCAGCAGCAGCAGCAGCUGGCUGCUGCUGUGCAUCUGCCAGCAAGGGGCUCCCACCUCUCCUCAGUACCUCUUGUGCCUUUGCUGUCCCCCAGGGGGCCCCCAGCUUCAGCAACUUCUGCCAGCUUGACCACUGGUCCCCAACCUGGACCACUGCUGCGGGCCCCCUCAGGGGCCCCCUCAGGGGCCCCCCUAGGGGCCCCCCUAGGGGGCCCCCUAGGGGCCCCCUCAGGGGCCCCCCUAGGGGCCCCCUUAGGGGGCCCCCUAGGGGCCCCCCUAGGGGCCCCCCUCGGGGCCCCCCUGGGGGGCCCUCCAGGGGUUGCCCCUUUAGGGGGGCCUCAGGGGGCCUCCCUAGGUGGUAAUCUGUACAGCAGCAGCAGCAGCAGCAGCAGCAGCAGCAGCAGCGGCAACGCUUUUGCUGCUUCGCUCAGCACCCCCUGCAUGCAAUAUGCUUCCCUCCGCCAAAGUCUGCUGCAGGGGGCCCCCAACCCCAUGGGGGCCCCGAACUUCGUGGGGGCCCCCAAUGCCAUGGGGGCCCCCGAUCUUGGGGGGCCCCCCAACUUUGGAGAGGGUUUUAACUUUUUAGCUGCCCCAGGGGGGCCCCCCCGGAGCCCUUCGCAAGCGCUGGGGGAAGGCGGAGUCCCAUCCUACUUGUGUACUCCGCGAGUUGUCCGGAAGAAAGAAGUCAGCAGCAGCAGCAGCAGCAGCAUGCAGCAGCAGCAGCAGCAGCAGCAACAGAAGCAGCAGCCGGAGAAAAAGCUGUUUGCUGGGCGUCGUAUUCGUCUUGGCGACCUCUUUGGGCAGUGUGUCGACACAGGCCCCAAACAGCAGCAGCAGCAGCAGCAGCAGCAGCAGCAGCAGCAGCAGCAGCAGCAGCAACAGAGACCGCAGAUCGGGCGCAGCUACUCCACCAAUAACUCUGGUGUCUUUAGACACAGCGAAGCAUCUUCAGUUAACUUUAGCAGCAGCAUCGGCAGCAGCAGCAGCCCGUAUCUAAACACGUGUGUAAGCAGCAAUCUGCAGCAGCAGCAGCAGCAGCAGCAGCAGCAGCAGCAGCAGCAGAUGCUGCAGGCAAUGCCAGUAGGCGUGUGGGGGUCCCCCCUACCCUUUGUGGGGCCCCCCUCAGCUGUCGGGUCCCCCCUACCCUUUGUGGGGCCCCCCUCAGCUGUCCUGAGGGGCCCCUACCCUUAG